GAGCUCGCCACGCGCGUGCGGCUCGACAUCGGGUCGGACAAGGGACGGAGAGGAAGAGCUUUAACGCAGCGUGUUUGUCUUAGUGCUCGUGCUGAUUACCUUUUAGUGCACAAUAGUUCUGGCAUUCUUUUACGCAAUGUAUUCUUGUAUUUUCUGAAAAAGAACUAAAUCAUAUCUACAAACGCUUUUGGUAUAUUUUAAUAGAUACGACGUUAACAUCGACAUUGAAUUGAAAUAGAAUUGAAGUUGUACCGAUUGUCAGGAAUCGCAUCGUCCGGACUGUCUGGAUCUCAAAGUUAAAAAAUAAAAAAUAAAAAAAUCCUAGGAGAUCACGCGAGAGGAAUAUUCACGUGGACCAGACACAUAGUGAUUUUUUUUUUUUUUUGCUCGAGCUCGAAUGGAGCAGCACGCAGAAGCGCGAGGCUGCACCGGUCACGGAUCGCGAUCCCGGUGUUCCGAGCUCCUGCACGAGCACUGCAUGCAUUUAUCCAUCCAGUCGACGACGGGCACCCGCUUCGAGCUGUCUCUCCCCGCGGAGGAGACGGUGGAGGGGCUGAAGAGGAGGCUUUCACAAAAGCUCCGAGUGUCCAAAGACAGGCUCGCGCUUCUGCACAAAGACACGAGGCUAAGCUCAGGGCGGCUCCAGGACUUUGGGGUUACGGACGGGAGCAAGUUGACCCUCGUGCCCUCGGUGGAGGCAGGAUUAAUGUCUCAGGUCUCCAAACCAGAGCAGUCCAUCAUGCAAGCGCUGGAGAGUCUGACAGAAACUCAGGUUGGUGACUUCCUAUCAGGUCGCUCUCCGCUGACACUUGCCCUUCGUGUAGGGGAUCACAUGAUGUUUGUGCAGCUGCAACUGGCCGCGCAAAACUCGGGUGUCCAACAGUGCACCACUAGGGGACCUUCGAGCACAACCAGGACUGCCCAGCACAACACAGUGCCCUGUGGGGGCAACAGUGAGCACCCUCAUACUCCAACCACUGCCCACAACAACCAGAGGGCAUCAGCUGGACACCACGCCCACCACGCCCACCACACCCACCAUGCUCACCAUGCUCACCUGUCUCCCCCCUCCAGUCCUACACUUUCCCCAGGAUCUGUCCAUUAUCCUCACCUGGCCACAGGUGCCUGUAGCCCUGCCCCCAGAGCAACCACGCCUUUCCAGCAGGGUGAGUGUGGGAAUUCAAGUGGAAGUGGAAGCACCAGCUCAUGGCCAAGUCGUAAACCGGGUGCGGUGAUAGAGAGCUUCGUGAACCACGCUCCUGGGGUUUUCUCUGGAACCUUCUCAGGCACCCUUCACCCGAACUGUCAGGACAGCAGUGGGCGUCCACGCCGUGACAUCAGCACCAUCCUGCAGAUCCUCAAUGAUCUACUGAGUGCCACACGCCACUACCAGGGCACACCUCCUGCCCUGGCCCAGCUCCGCUGCCAUACUCAGACACCUGCGUCUCCCCGAGAGACGCCGCCCACCUCGCCAUGCCCGCCUCCCUCACCCACUGUCAUGGAGCUUCCAUCAGCACCUGUGUCACCAUUAUCAUCCUCACCUACCUCAGACAGACUGGCACUGAGCCACAACCGCAUCAGCAAACCAAUGGGCGAACCCUCCAGGCAGACGGAGAACAGGGCGACACGCUGUAAGGUGGAGCGUUUGCAGUUGUUGCUGCAGCAGAGGAGGCUCCGCAGGCGGGCGCGGAGAGAGCCCCGGGCUCCCUAUCACUGGCUGAGCGAGCGCAAAGCCACCCGAAGCCACAGCAACAGCAGCCUGAGCAGUGACGGCUCCAUCGACCUGGACUACGACGAGGCGCUCUGGAAGAACGACGUCCAGACCGACAUCAGCUCUGAGUUCGUCGUGGCCUGAAUGAGCAGCCCAAAGAAAGAAGGAUGAGAGAAUGAAAAGAUUACGAGUGGCUGAAAGAGAAAGGAUUUACUUUACGUAAUGAUGUGUAAUGCUGGAAUUUUUAGCGUUCGUUCAAUUUGAAACACAAAAUAGCAUUGGGAAGAGAACUCGUGUUCUACAGCAUGAAGCGAACCAAGAGAGUGUCUUUCUGUACUCUAGAUACACAAGAUGUUCAAAGAUUCUGAGACUUUUUCACCCGGUUUGCUCAAUUGACUGUCUUAACAUGGUGGUGGUUUGAGUUGCUGUUGUUACAAAAAUGCGUCAUGUAGCAUUAUGAAGCAAGAAAUUCAGGUGUUUCUCUCUGGUUUAUUACAUUUUGCACACUUCUUGACCUGUGAGCAUUAAGGUUUCCUUUCUUUGUUUUUGAUACUCAGCUUGGUUGAAACUCAGCUCAAGUGAACUCAAAUACAAAUUAACUCAAAUCCAGAAAGCAUUUAUUACAGACACAUUCUUUGCUUGUUCACACUUGUAUAUGUAACUGUAUCUACUGGUUAAAGUAUUAAGGUAAUAUCCCAGUGCCUCUGUUUACCACUUAGUGUAUUGAAGCAUCAAAUCUGGAACACAUCUGGAUUUUUUUUUUUUUUUUGCUGCUACAAAGGAUGACGUGCGAAAGAGAGGAGUCUUGUCUGGUCAUCCAUCUCAUUAUAACUAGGACCUGAUUCUGCAGAAAUGUACAAUUCUGCAUGCUUCUUGAACAUACAAGGAACUAUUAAGUGGGGUCAUUCACAUAUUGGCUCUGUAGCACCGUUUUACAAACUGAUUUGAAGAGAAAAUGACUUAUGUAGUAUUUUAGGUUUAUGUCACCUGCUGACCCACAUAUGCCCAUCAAGAUGAAGAGUAACGUCGGACAUCUUUUCCACUAUGGACCAUUGCUGUCUCAACAUUUGUAUGAUUGAGAAAACUGGAAAUGAGGCAUGAUAACAUAUACAUGGAUGGACCUUGUGUACAGUGGCCUUACUGAUCUUUAAAAAAAAUAAUAAAAAAUAGCGAAAUGUGCAGGCACUGGAAACUCUGGAUCCUUGAUGUGUAUUGUGAUUUUUUUUUUCUUUUUAAAUUAAGGACACACCAUUAGAGCAUUAGUGAAAGGCUCCUGUGCCUCAACAACGUGCCUGAGACAAACGGAAAAAAGACGUUUCUUUCCUCGUCUGAUAAGUCCCUCAGCCUUCUCAGCUGAGAAACAGAGAUAAAAGAGUACUUGCUCUGUGUUUUGUUUUUGGCUUUUUUUUUUUUCGAUCAUGAUGUAAUGUCUGUCCUGUGUAUCUCUUGUGCAUCGUUCGUCUUGUGUACAUCCUGUCUUUCAUUCUUGAAACCAGAAUCUCCAUAAAUAUAUAUAGAUAUAUAUAAUACAUAUAAAAAGAGGAACAGGUCCAAAUAAACAAAUAUCACUCUGUAAACAUACUCAUAAUAUGUCACAAUGUGGACGUCUUCUGUUUCAGCACCAAGUUCCUAAAAUAUUGUUACCUGGAUGCAUGGGAUAUGAUAUAAUUUAUUUAAGGUUGAAUUGAAUAUAUGAGUAGUUCAUAAGGAAAUAUACGCAUUUGGUUGGGAUGUUGUUUUUAAAGUUGACGCUGGUGUUUUUUUUUGUUUUGUUUUUGUUUUUUGUCAACGCUGCAUUUUUUCGUUGCCUGUACUGUCUUGUGAUCUCACAGGUGAGGAGCCUCUGCUUGUGUAGCACAUUUUUAUAACUGUUUUAAUUUAUAAAGCCGAUCUUGCAACUGUGAAGAAACGUUAUCUGAUGUUUUUCUUGUCACCUCUUUUGUGUGUGUUUGUUUUUCUCUUUAUUUCCGUUUUUGUCUCUUUUGUCAAAAAUGAAACCUGGUAUUGUAAAAGAGGGAAACAACUAAAACAACUGAUUUUCUUUGUUCAUAAGCAAUACAUUUCAGUGUGGCUUGCUGUAGACAUUUUUUUCUUUUUAGGUAAUAAAUUUUAAUUUUAAUGCAA